GAUUGAGUGACGGGAACGGGCUAGUACGGGCCUGGUACUUUGGUACUUGGGCAAGCUCCCCCGUCAUAACAACCACGCACAGGCAAAAAUGAUCGAGAUCGAUCGACACGGGGUUUGUGCUGAUGGCAGACAGCAGAGCUCUCUCUCGCACGCCUUUCUCGAACCGCCUCCCUCGGCCCUUUACCGUCUCUGCUGCAACUGCAACCGCUUUGUCCGCAUUGGGCUAACCACCUAGAUCAAAUGCCUUGCCAUGCUUGCCAAUGCCUUGGAUAUCCAUACAGGCAAGUCCCUCGAGGCGCUGCACCGGCCUGCGUCUCUCUUUCAUCCAUGUUUGUUUUAUUUGUCUUGCUCUGCUUUCCUCGUGCGCGCGUCCACGCCACACACCCCUCCCGUCUGCUAGGUAGGUACCAGAGUCCCAGACCCCCCCCAGAGUCCCAGACCCCCAGAGUACCAGAGUGCCAGCCCAGGCCCGGUGCGGCAACGCGGGCCCCUGCCUGCCUUGCUUCCCUGCAGCCGGUGGUUUUGCUCCUGGCGUGCCACACAGUGCACUCUCUCACUCCAGCAGGGGCGUGCCGCCAAGGACCAGCACACCCACCCGCUCCCCGUCUUAUAUAUCUAUUCACGCCUGCCCUCACUCUUCCCUCGCCAACGCCUAGGCCACGGGCAACACCAACCGGUCAUCCUCUCUCGGCCCAAACCACUUCGGGAAAAAAGUAUUUUCACCUCCCCCACGCGUUGCCUCAACGCCGCACUUUUUCAACCGUCUUCUUCCCCACACAUUUCGCUUCGGCUCCUCUCGACACUUGAACACCGUCACCUGUCGCCAGCGCUCCCCCUUGCGCCUUCGCGACAACCCGUCCUCCACGUCAACUCAACACGUACCACCGACGAAGACCUGGAUCGCCAAAAAAUUACCUCCAAGAUCCCCGUUGAGAUCUCGAGAUACACCUGCGCCAUUACGCCCUCGAAAUAAGGUGCCUCUCGGCAGGGCUGUAACCUAAAGCUCCACGAGAUUAUUGUGUUGCUCACACACCGGAUAUAACACGUCAAGCUUGCCCCUGAACACUCUGGCAUCUCUCGGUGCUCAGCAGAGCGAGCCAUUACUUGGAGAACUGUGUCAAGUCACUCGGAAUAGCUCCUUCGUGGAGCGUCUUGCGAGAGCGCCUCAUCGUCAGGCCCUUCUACCACCUCGGAGUCACGCCCAGGCGCCAAUCUAACAGACAGGGGGCAUCCACGGGAGCCGCUGGUUCGAGACGCUGCGCUCGACGUUCUGCGCAUCAUCUCGGGGAAGCAAGCAGAGUUGUUCGCACAAACGAUUUAAUGCCUAAACGAUAUCUCGAUGUUUCGAACACCAUGCCCUUGGACCGGAUCCAAAGAAAGACGGAGCGUUCUCACGAGGAGAACCAGGAGCGGGCCUACAUUGCGGCUUCCCGACGAGCCGACCGGAGCAUCGAGGCGCGUGUUCAGUCUGCACGGAUGGCCUCGGAUAUCCACAGGCGGCGGACUGGCAAGGGAUUCAAGAUAUCCGAGGAAAUUGUAAUGAAGGAGGAGAUGUACGAAGAAGAGGAGGACGACCUACCACGCUAUCGGGCCUUGGCGGCUCUUGGACACCGUCCUCCGAGCGGCGCCGAAACCACCGAUCGCUUCGGCCAGUAUGGCGUCGGUGACCUUGGCCUCGGCGGCAAGCUCGAACACAUGCGUGAGAUCGAACGGCAAUUCGAAGAGAGCUUCCCAAACGCCGCCCACAUGUCGCAGGGAACCUUUCUCGGACAUAUUGGUGCCCGACAGUCAUUCCAGCAUUUUCAACAGCAGCCGCAGCAGAACCCUCAGCAGCAACAGCAACAACACCAGCCGCAGCGCAAACGCCAUCAGCAACACGAGCCCCCCAACCGCGGGUUCUCGCACUCGCCAAUGCUUGACUACGCGUCCCGGUACGCUAGGGAGCGUUCCCAGUCCAUCAGCCAAGCAUCCGCCGCUUUCGAUAUGGCGACGCGGCGCCAUACAAUUGCUGUCGGCAUGCCCUCCCACCACAGUUUUCAGCCCCAGCUGCAGGCCGGUGGUCUAGGUGAUGAUGCUGGGAGCAGCAGCCUCUCACCUCCUGCCUUGACCCCCGGUGCUGUCGGUAGUAGCGGCAGCAGCAGCAGCGGCGGUAACGCCAUCGAGACACCCACAAUGCAGUACCAGCCCAGCUUCGCGCCUACGAACUCCUUUACAAACCUUCCAGCGACGACAUCCAUGGACGCGUUCGGAAGUGCGGCAAUAACAUCUGGACCCGACGGCGUGCCCUUCCUGUUUUCACCCCACUCUACGACCAACUUCCACUCGCAAGGGUCAGAGCACGACAUCGCGGAAGGUGCGCUGGGUAGCGACUGGGGCGCCGAGCGGGUCUUUUACCGGGAGCCCAGCAUGUAUCCCCGCGACAUGGACCUGGAGACGAGAGACGCAUGUGGCGGCUGCUUCGACCAGCGUCCGCCUUCAGCCGCUAGCAGCGGAGGUAUGUCGCAGUCUAGAAAGGCUCCCCAGCAUCAUCAACAACCCCCCGUGGCUACGACCAGCGCGCCAGACGACUACUUUGGCCAUAUUCCCACGAUUACCGCUGGGCCUCCCUUGACCCGGUUCGAGAACCUGAUCGAUCCUCGCAGCGGUUCGCGAAGCGCUGCUGUUACCCCUGGAACAGACGGCUUUGACACUUUCUUUGACAUGGACAACUACGCUCGGGCUGUGGCUGCUGCCAGUGCGGCUGCGCCUCCUUGGAAUAACCAGACCCAAAACUAGUUGGCUUAGGGAUAUGGGAAGGGUGCGGCGACGCGUGCAUUCUCUUGGAAUCUCUCCAUCGGCAUCAUGGCCAGGUCUUGUGCCUGACCCCUUCCCAUCUUUCCUCUUAAUUUCGUACCCUAGCAGAAGUCACUUGGGAGCAGACAAGCACACGCAGCAACCACACCGAGAAAAAGAAAACAGCACAAAACAUCUCCUUGAUUCAAAAGCAUAUUGCGCUUGAUACACACAAUCCCCAGAUAGUCCGCCGCGACAGAGGCAUGAUCUGUCGGACGACGACUUCUCGGCACUCUUUCCGAGUUUCUUUUGUCUCGACGCGUUGUUUUGAGUUUCUGUGGUAUCCUGGGAUUCGAGCACAGAUCGGUGAGAUUUGGGUCCUAACUUUGCAUGGACUUGUGUUGUCUUGCGCUUCGGGGCCGCCUCUCGUCCCCACUGAGGAUCGAGGUCCUGAUCAGGUGUCCGUCAGCUUUUUGCCUUCGCAGCGGGAGCACUGGAUCCGGCAUCAGCCUUUUCCGCCCAUCACCUCCCUUUAUUCCCUUGAUUCCCCCUUUUCUCUUUUUCUUCUUUUUUUUCGUUGCCUUUACUUUUUUUUUUUUUUUUCUUUUCUGUUUUGCGCGGCCGGUACACAAAAAAGUCCGCAAGGAAGCACGUGAUACACACUGAUGAAUACAGGAUGAGGGGAGCUGGGUAACACUCUGAUGAAGCCAUGAUAUACACAGCAUUUUGGUUGGGAACAUAGCACGGCGCAUCACGUCUUGCUGGCGCAAGGGGGCUGCAGAGCACAUACACGGAUGGGACAGCACAUGUAUUGGAAGGGAAGCUUUUCUGGGAGGCUCGCGGUUUAAUUUCUCAGCGACUUGGGACUUUUUUCUUGCUGUGUUUCCUUUUCUCAUUUCCUUCUUGUCACGAAAACUAAGAUACCACACGCGCGCUUAGAAAUCAGUAUUGAUCCUAGCAUCAAGAAUAAUAUCACCAAUGUCUGCUCCGAA